AUGGAUUCUUGUUUUUCCUCGUAUGUUCCUAUUUUCGGAAAUGAUUUGUUGAGAUUCCUUACAAAAACUGAAUUUAAAAAGAUUAUAACACAUGUACAAGAAAAAACUAAUUCCUUGAAAAAUGAAAAGAAUAAGCAAAAUUUCCGGCGUGUAUGCCUAGAAUUGGCUGAAUAUCUAAUUAACAAAAAGAAAAAUCCACUACAUUUUGAAAAACAAGAUAAGUGGGAAUUAGCACUAAAGCACUGGUUACAAAAUUACUUUAAAGUGCGAACUAGACAUGGCAUAUGUCCUAUGAUUAUGGAAGAAGAAAAUAAAAAUAUUUUAAAUUUAAUAUAUGAAGCAGAAGAUUUCUGUUCUGAAAAAAACAGAAAAAAACCAAAUUGCAUUAAUACUGAUAAACGUAGUAACAAGAAAUGUGAUAGUGCAUGUUUAAGUAAAAUUCAGGCUUAUAAUGCAUGGAUUAAUAAUAGGAAGAUUCAUUUUAUAAAUAAUGCAGAUAUAAUUAAUAGAAAAUGCCAAAAAGAAAAUUCAUUAUUACCAUUUCCAAAUAAUUCUUGCAACGUUCUUAAUGAUAAAACAUUCGAAGAAAUUCCUCAGUGCGAAACCUCAGAUCCACCUAUACUUAAGCACAAUGAAAUAAAAAAAGAAGAAAAACCUUCAACUGAACAAGAUUUAACUGUAUCUAAAGAGGAAUAUUCUCAAAUAUCUCCAAUUCAAACCGAAGCAAUAAAUACAGAUCAUACUCAGUCUUCAUCCGAACCUCAAGAACAAGUUCAGAUACCAUCAAUUGAAUCUACAGAUACACAAAAUGUAGCAGGUUCUGCAGAACUUCUACCAGUUGUUACAUCAAUAUUUCUACCAAAUCAUGAAAUAUUAUCUUCAGGAACAUCGGCAGAAUCUGUAUCAGCUCCUUCAGAUACUGAAACCCUAAUGUUACCCAAUGAUCAAGGAAUUAUUGCAUCAUUUCCUAAAGAAUUAGAACCUGUCUCUAGCACCCUUAUUUCCCCUGCUCUCAAUAAUACACCAGGAUUAUUAAAAAAAAAAAAAAGUAUAAAAAGAAGACAAGUAAAAUUACUUCGAAUACUAAUACCUUCACAUUCUAACAAAAACAAACAAAUUUUAACGCAUGUUCAUCCAGAAAAUACAAUAUAUGAUGAGGAAAAAAUCAUAAAAAAAUUAAAAAUACAUGAACAUGAUAUGAUAAAAAAUAUAAAGUCGUCAAAGCAAAAAAAGGAUAGAUUUAAAACCAUUAUAGAAGUACAUAUGGAAGUACUCGAAGAAUUCAGAAAUGAAGAAUGGGAACACAAAAAAGGAGAAUUUUUAGAGUUAUGCCUAGAAGUGUUUGAAGAAGAGGAAUAUAGAACAUAUCCUAAUUUGAUUAAUGGAGAACUGAUAAUGGAAAAUACUAAAAGUAUUAAUGACAUUGAAAAACAAAAAAUUUUAUGCAAUAAAUGGAUAAAAGAACAUAGAAAUAUUUCUGAAAAAUUAAAAAAAACAGUAUGGUUUAAUUAUUUGAAAAAUGAAUGGAAAAAAGAAAAAGCUUCCAUAAAAGAAACUGAAGAAUUAAAAAUGAAUUUUUCAAUUGAAAUUCAAAAAAUUUCAUUUUCAGAAAAAGAAAAGGAUUUAUGGAGAGAGUGGAUAUCAAAAAAUCAUAUGAUUAUAGAUCGAUACUUGGAACAGGAAUGGGAUGAAGAAUUGACACAAGAAUUGCUCAAUAUGAUAGAUGAGUGUGUAAAUGAAGAAUUUAAAAAUAAUAUUUCACUUCUAAAUACACAAGAGUUACAGCAGAAGGUAUGUUAUGACGAAUUAUAUAAAUAUAUAAAAAAAAAAUUAAUAGCAAAAUUGUGUAUACUAGUAUUCAUGAUGGUAUUGGAAGAAUGCAAAAAAGAAGAUUUUAUAGAAAAUGAGGGAUUACAUUUGGAUAGUUACAUAAAUGACUGGACAACAGAAGUAAACUUAGGGAGAAAAUCAGAUGUUACAAAAGAAAUAAUUGAAUAUAAUAGCAAUGUUUUAGAAAAUACAGAAAAUACAAAAAUUCCUGCUUAUACAGGGGGGGAAGGUCUUAGACAGGAAAUAGAAAAAUGGGUAAGAAUAGAAGAUACACCGGAGAAUUCCAUAUAUAACGAGAACAUAGUAGAAUAA